AAUACGGAAGUGAUUUUCGUAACCUUUGCACGAACGUACGGUACCUCGACAUUACAAAGCACGGCCGGAUAGAGUAGCUUGUGGAUGAUUGAGCCAGGAGUUGCGGGCGGAAUGCAGCUGACAGUUCGUGGGUAAAGAUCGCUCAAUGCAUGACAUCAUCACCCGUACCCGUCCAGCUCCAGCUCCAAGCGCCCGAGCUGAGCGCAUCAUCAGUUGCACCACUUGACUUGACUUGCUAUCUAAAUGAGAUGUCCGACGCCUGCCUAAGCAGCCUGACCAUGCUGAUAUGAGCAAUUUUUACUUGCAUUUGACUUUGGCAUAUAGCAGGUAAAGGACGAUGAACAUUAUGAAUGAUCUGAAUAUCUUGCCUGAUGCGCCUGAGACCUGGCAGGCAAAGAUCAGCAGGCUAGUGCGAGAUGUCUUCCUACCUUAUGCAGUUCCUUACGUCAUUCCAGCCUUUCUGAGCUGGAAAAUUAUGAGAGGGCAUCGUGCUGAUCCAGACGACAGGAUCGCGUCUUUGCAAGCUGAAAUCAGGAGGUUACAACAGGAGAUUGAAAGCUUUCAAGGUCAUAUCACCACCACCCAGCGACAGCAAUACCAAAAACAUAUUCAGAUCAAUCGAGAUCUAGAUGCAAUAUCCAACAUGCUUGAAGAACGCCAGGAUAUCUACUGCAGUCCCUUCAGGUACAAAGACACCAGAUUGAAAGCGGAGAAGAAACUCAGGGAAUAUGUAGUCGAGCGUCCCUACGAGAAAGAGUUGAAACUUUUCAGUGGCGUGGAGGAGAUACUUGAGAAGGAUACCCACUGUGGGAUAAACAGAGGGGAAAAUGGAUGCCUGAUGUGGGUGUAUAUGGACUUGUGGAGGACAAGAGCACGGCUUAAUAUGCAAGAAAAUGUCAUUCUCAAAAUGAGGACGUAUGACUCAAAGUCAAAGGACACGAACAAGUGAACUGAUGUAGUAAUCGCAUCCCCCCCCCCCCCCUUUUUGGUCCUGCUGUGAUUGCAACUUGUGCAAAGCUAAAUUGCUUGACUAGUGUUGCCUUAGGUGGCUUAGCAACAAUAUAGUGGCAUGAAAAGAUGCAUCAGGGGAGUGUUUCACAAAGACUUAGAGUCGACUUUAAGUUGGACUUAAAUUUUGCAGGCCAUUCAUGCCACUGGUUGCUCGCACCAUUGGUCUGUCAAUUAUGAUCUUUAGAUAAUAUUUUUUCCUUCAAUAAUGAUCUAUCAAAAAAGCUGAAUUCUGUAGAUGUGUGACCAUGAUUUGUACGUCCCUUGAGAGACCAAUACUAGUAAAUGGUGAGAGCAAAGAGUGGCAUGAAUGGCCUGCCAUAGUUAAGUCCAACUUAAAUUUGAUCUUAGUCUUUGUGAAACACUCCCCUGGAAUCCACAAUGCAUCAUAGUUUGUGAUGGUUGCUGAAUAAAAGUUCAUUUUUGACAUAUAUGUGAAUGAAGGUUUAGCUAAGAUUAAGCCUCAUUGAUAUGAUGCAUUUACCAGGUCCAUAUCCUAAUUAUGUGGUUCUACCUCUGUGUGAUAACAAUUAUGAUUUUCAACAAUUGUGCAAAUUGCGUUUGUGUGCCACUACAUUUCGCAAAGCUUUCUUAGGAGAGUCAUCUGUGUUUGAAUCUCUGUGUGACACAUGCUGUAUAUCACUUGUGGUUGUCAAACUGAACGAGAACCCUUGUAUACUGGCAUUACUGUAUGUGCUAUCAUGUUUUAAAUUUCAGCCGUAAUUCCAUUCAUCUAUGUGGCACAAACUGAAAUACACUGUACAUGUACAAUGUAUCAGUUAUAGAUCUUAUGUUUCUGUAUGGUACCGGUAGUUUAAUGUAGGGCUUACAAAUAUUUUCAAGGCUAUGAAAUACUGAAGCAGGAAAUGAGUCAAACAUAGAAAACGACUUAAUAAAUAGGGAUGAUGCUGUUAAUUAUAUUAACCAGAAGCGCAUUAACUCACCUUCCAGGCUUCCCGUCAGAUGAUUUUCCUUUUUAUAUGUCGAUAGACUGGGCAUGUUGGAUGAAUCUAUGGUUUUUCUGUUAUGCGUGCCAGUUAAAUUAAAAUUACUGGAAGGUAAUUUCAUUUUGUGUCGGUAGGCCCUUUUAUCGUUCCUCAAUUUAUUAUCAUAGGAAUUAAUCUGCUCAUACUACAGUUUUUUAUUGAUUUCCAUCGAAUUUCAGUUUCAUUAGACAUUGUUAAUGGUAGGAUGGUGCAGUGAUUUGUAAAAAAGAUAUCAGACACACACACACAAAAGAAUCAAUAUCAUGAUUGAGAAAUCUGAAUUUCAUUCUGUUGAAAUCCUAAUUCAAUUUUGACUUAUUGAACACAUGGAUUAGCAUUUAUAAAUCGUAUUUGGUGUGCAUCAUUUUGCUCAUAUUUUCUUUGAUAAUGAUUAGAUGUGUAACAAAAAGAUCAUGCUGUACAAUCUUGAACAACCAAAAAUGCAGCGAUACCAGUUUAGUAUUGUACUCCAAAUUUCCUUUGUGUAUGUCAUGAAGUUUGAGAGUGUGGACAAAAUAGGUUUGACUUGUAUAACCUAGCAUAGCCUACUAAUUAAUCCAGUUUGUAAUUUAUUUCAUUCACAGAAAGAUAUCGGGGAUUGUAAGAAGGAACACGUCUUUUAAAUCCUUUCAAUCAUGCUCAGUGAUCCCCAAAGAUAGCACAUGGACUUGUAAAAACUGCCUCAGAUUUGUGUGAUUUAUCUGUAUAUAAAAAGUAUUAAAAUUAUCAUGUGAUAUUAAAGGAGCAAA